AUGUAUCUCUCUCUCUCUCUCUCUCUCUCUCUCUCUCUCUCUCUCUCUCUCUCUCUCACGCUCACUGUUCUUAAUAUUUCUAGAUUUGACUAUUAUUAUUAUUGUUAUUAUCAUUUUCUCUCUCUCUUUCUCUCUCUCUCUCUCUCUCUCUCUCUCUCUCUCUCUCUCUCUCUCUCAAACUCUUCCUCGUUUGCCGAUGAAGUGGAGCUAGCGUUAGUAAGCAAGCUGUUAAAAAAUUACGACAAAAGAGUCCGGCCGUCUUUGAAUUCCUCGGAGGCCAUCAAUGUGACGUUUGGAUUGGCGUUAGCUCAAAUUAUAGAUGUGGACGAGAGGAAUCAAAUUCUUACAACGAAUUGCUGGUUAAAUCAGGUGUGGCUGGAUGUAAACUUACGAUGGGAUCCAGACAAAUACAAUGGAAUCAAAGUUAUUCGUAUUCCGUUCACGGACGUUUGGAAACCAGACAUCCUUUUAUAUAAUAAUGCUGAUGUUACGUCGUACUUCUCAUCGUUGAGUUCAAAUGUGAUCGUCACCAGCGAAGGGAAUGUCACGUGGCUGUCGAUGGUGAUUUUCAAGAGUUCGUGCAGAAUCGACGUGCGAUAUUUUCCGUUUGACGAACAGAACUGUUCUAUGCAGUUCGCAUCCUGGACAUACGAUGGUUUCCAAUUGCAGCUGCGCAUGAACUCAGAAGAAGGGGACAUCUCCAACUACAUUCGUAACAAUUCGGGCGAAAAAGUGACUAUGGGAAUAACCACGUUGCUAUCUAUGACAGUGUUUAUGAUGCUUGUAGCUGAAAAUAUGCCUCCCACCUCGGACGUACUUCCUCUUAUAGGCAUUUACUAUGGUAUUACGAUAUCAAUUGUAUCUUUCGCUACAGCUAUGACGGUGUUUACCUUGAAUAUCCACCACAAGGGAGCGCGUGGUCAUGAGGUGCCUGUAAUCAUUAAAAAAAUUUGCUUCGGAAUACUGGCAAAAAUAUUCUGCAUGCGCCUCGAAAAACCGACCAACAAAUCUUCAAAUGUGUUUGUUCCUUGUUCUUCCCAAAGCAACUCGUCCUAUAUCAGAUUCAAACUUUCGAACCAAGAAGAGAGCGAUCAGAACACCAAGCCACUACUGGAGAUGAAUCCCACGAUAACGCAACCUCAGUCAAUGAUGCGGGAAACUCGUUUCCAUGGGGACCUGGACACCAGCAAUGGUGGUAUUCUGUCGCCCAGAUUCAGUCGGUUACGGAGUUUACAGAGUCGCCUAUCGUCGCCAACACACUCGUCCAGUGACGACUUCGAGAGACAGUUCAAACGGGUAUUGACAAAAGUCUACCAAACCAUCGAGAGAAACGAGAUCCGAUUGGCUGAACAGGACCGGCGUGACGUCAUCAAAUUAGAAUGGCAGCAAGUGGCGCAAAUGGUGGACCGAUUGUUCCUCACUGUCUUCGUCUGCGUCACGAUUAUUAUCACCUGCAUAGUCAUGUUUAAAGCUCCCCACUCUACUGAGAGCCUUAUCAGUUGA